CUUUCUUUUCUUUUCUUUCUUUUCUUCCCCCCCCCCCUCCUAUGUUCGGGAAACCAGACAAAAUGGACGUUCGGUGCCACUCGGACGCAGAGGCUGCCCGGGUCUCGAAGAACGCGCACAAGGAGAGCCGGGAGAGCAAGGGUGCGGACGGGAACCUCUCCGCCGCCUUCCUCAAGGAGCCGCAGGGCGCCUUCUCCGCGUCGGGUGCCGCGGACGAUUGUAACAAAAGUAAAUCCAAUUCGGCCGCCGACCCGGAUUAUUGCCGCCGGAUCCUGGUCCGAGAUGCCAAGGGCUCCAUCCGAGAGAUCAUCCUGCCCAAGGGCCUGGACCUGGACCGGCCCAAGAGGACGCGCACGUCUUUCACUGCGGAGCAGCUCUACCGGCUGGAGAUGGAGUUUCAGCGCUGCCAGUACGUGGUGGGCCGAGAGAGAACCGAGCUCGCCAGGCAGCUUAACCUCUCCGAGACCCAGGUGAAAGUCUGGUUCCAGAACCGGCGCACGAAGCAGAAGAAGGAUCAGGGCAAGGACUCGGAGCUGCGCUCGGUGGUGUCGGAGACGGCGGCCACGUGCAGCGUGCUGCGGCUGCUGGAGCAGGGCCGACUGCUGUCGCCGCCCGGCCUCCCCGCGCUGCUGCCGCCUUGCGCCACCGGCGCGCUCGGCUCGGCGCUCCGCGGGCCCAGCCUGCCUGCCCUGGGCGCCGGAGCCGCUGCCGGUUCGGCCGCCGCCGCCGCGGCCGCCGCCCCGGGUCCCACCGGCGCCGCGUCCCCGCACCCGCCGGCCGUGGGCGGCGCUCCGGGCCCCGGGCCCGCUGGGCCAGGCGGACUGCAUGCGGGCGCGCCGGCUGCCGGCCACGGCCUCUUCAGCCUACCGGUACCCUCGCUGCUCGGCUCGGUCGCCAGCCGCCUCUCCUCCGCCCCGUUGACAAUGGCCGGUUCGCUGGCCGGAAAUUUGCAAGAACUCUCCGCCCGGUACCUGAGCUCCUCGGCCUUCGAGCCUUACUCCAGGACCAACAAUAAAGAAGGGGCCGAGAAAAAAGCGCUGGACUGAUUUUAAGUGUUUGCCUGUAUUUAUAUUUAUAGUAUCUAUUGUGGUGAUAUUUAUGGACUCGCGUAUUCGGCGCCCGAGGCUCCUGUGCUGGGCUUCCGGCCCCCACGAGGCCUCUGACAGUUCUCCUUCCCCACUAGUCUCUGCCACCAAUCAUAUUUUGGGCUACUUUUUUCUACCUUUCCACCGUGCCCCCCAGCCCCGCCCCAACUUCCUUCUGAAUCCAGGAGAAUCCAAAGAAUUGGGGGAAAUAACCGAAUUAGCCACCUGAUGUCCCAACCGAUGCCUAGCCCUGGAGGGCAAAGACUGGUUCUAAGUCAAAGCCCGGGACCCCUGCUCUAGAUCGGGCCGCUGCUGCCUUUGAUGAUUCUUACAAAUAUUGAAAGAGCAAAGCUGCACGCAGACCCCAGGGGCUGAAAAGGCUGGUGGGUUUCGUUAGACCAAAAAGGAAGACGCUCCUUCCUCUCGCAAGAGAAACCAGGGCUUCGGGGAGCCCCUGGGCCCCACUUUUUGGACUGCUUGGAAGAGCCGGUGCACACGCAGCUUUCUGGCUGGACAACUCCUGCCGAUUUUUUUCCCCUUUUAGAGAAACAACAAUCACUACCGCCCCCGACCCCAGGAGAUCCACCAAACAUCGAGGUAGACAACGGUGGUAAAACAUUUUAUCUAAUCAGCAAUAAAGCAAGAGUCGUAAUUACCACGUAAAACCAGAUGAAGUGAAACUAGUUUUUAAAUACUCUCAACAAGCGAGUUUGGAAGGUUUAAGAGAAUUCAGGAUAGGGAUUGCUCCACAGGCCCAAGCAAAAUUCCAGUUCCGGGUGUUAUGACUUUAAAUAGGAAUUUAAAAGGAAAAAGAGAAAGAAAGAAAAAAGCCAACGCUGCGAAAGAAAGAAAAUUCAGAAUCUUUUCUCCGAGGCUGUUCCAGGGCCGUGGCCGACAGCUUCAGUCUCCUCAGGGAGAGAGAGCAGGGCGGCUGCCUGCGGAAGCUUCUCCCCACCAAGCUCCUUGACCCGUGGCUUCUGGGCAGAAUCGCUGGGUUUGGAAACGAAUCCGUGCCCUUUGCCUCCUCUUCCCCACUCCCGGAUUCACUGAACCCUUCCAGAACGCUGGAAACGCCCGGAUUUCUUCGAGGACCCGGUGACAGGGACCGAGCCCCAGCCCGCAGCGCUGCCCGGCCUCCUGCGCGGUGGUCUCUGUAUUCACAUCAGUUCCCUGCGUGAACAGGAAAGGCAUCCUUCCCUACAUGCCACCCCUCAAAAACCCCAGGGUUUCCGCGGUCACAAGUCAGAAACCCGGACGGCGACACUGUCACAGCCUCAUCCCUUACCUGAGCAACAACCACUGUCCCCGCAGCCACGGCUACGCGCAUUUUAACCAAAACCACAGACCUAGCCGGCGAGGUGCCGCAGUGUCUAGAAUGUAAUUCCUUCAUCCGAAGCGAGCGCAGAGCAUUUUUAAAAUAGUAAUUUUAUUGUAAAUUAUUUACGUCGGAAGCUUUUUUUUUUUCCUUUUUUCUUUUCUUUUAGGAAAUAGUGAAGAAAAUAAUGAACGAUUCAAACGCGGGUAGGUGUCACUGAAUUCUGGCUACUAACUCUGUUCUGAAUGUUUUGGAUAUUUGGAUGUUUUGUAUUUAUGUGGUGA